AUGAAUAAUUCAAUAGCUGCAUCUUUAUCUGAAGAUUUAUCUUACUAUAUUAAAAUAACAAAGACCAUAUCUAAAAUUGUAUCACCGAUCAUUCUAACAUUAUGUGGUAUCGGUAAUUUACUCUCAUUUUUUGUAUUAGUAAGUCGACGUUUACGUAAACAAACAACCACACAUUAUUUAGCCAUAUUAUGUAUAGUUGAAGUUGGAACGUGUUUUACUGGUCUUCUGCGACAAUUUCUUAUCGAUGCAUUCAACAUUGAUAUUCGUACAAUGGAUUCUUUUAUUACAAAUCCAUAUUAUCUAACAAUAUCAUGUCGUAUUCAUAUCUACUUGACCUAUGUUUUUCUUCGCCUAUCAUCUGUUCUGUUUGUGGUAGUGACAAUUCAGCGAUAUUUGUAUGUAGCAAAAAAGUGUAUAUGUACGCGAAAGAAUGUCCUUAUUCAAUUAUUUUUUAUUAUUUUUACCAUUUGUUUAUGUGAAUUACAUUUUUUAAUUUACUAUGAAUACACAUUAUCCGAUACACGACCUAAGUCUGAACAAAAAAUGGAAUGUACUGUAAAUAAAGAACGUUAUCCAUAUUAUUAUAAAUUUCGUAGUGAAUAUUACGGUAAAAUAUCAUUGUUUCUAUUUACAUUGUUACCAUUUAUUUUAAUGAUUAUAUUCAAUGCUCUACUCAUACGUACCAUUCAUCGAUCAACGAAACGUAGUCAAAGUAAAAAAUCAUCAAAAAAAAGAAAUAUUACCCGUAUGUUAUUAACGGUUAGUAUAUUCUAUACUAUUUUAACUUCACCAGCAAGUGUUUAUACUGCACUUGCUCCACCAACAUUUCAGUUAUUACCAUGGUACUUCAUUCAUUGGACACUAUUGAAACUUCUAUUUUAUUUAUGUCAUUCUGUUAACUUUUUACUUUACUGUAUUAGCGGCUCAAUAUUUCGUCAGGAAUUUCGUGCAGUGAUUUCUUGUCAACCAUUGUCCUCACAACAUCGUCAUUAUAUGCGUUAA